UCUGAUAUUUUGAGAAAUAAUCAGAAAUGUCUCGACUGUAGAUUCAAGAUCGAAAGUCGAGACCGCAUAGUAGAAUAUUAUUCAUUCAUAAACGCAGAAGUUUCAUGAAAUUUCAAUUCCUGCGAAAACUACCUAGUUGAGAUGAUGAACCCAGAAAAUGAGCCUAACGGCCCAGAAGAUCCAAGACGUCCGCUGCCAGGUGCAAACAUUGCCCGAAAUAAAUACACAUUCACCCCAGAAGAACUGCGAGUCCUGAAAGAAUGCAACAAAGACAGCUUCUACCAAAGAUGCAUACCAAUCAGUGCUGCAUUAGCAGCAUCCACAUACUAUGGUGUCCAAACAGGGUUCCUCAAAGGGCACCAAAGAUUUGGGGCUACACCAAAGGUAAUAUUUGCAGUUUUCAUAGGCUACUUCCUGGGUAAGUUUUCCUACCAAUCCAAAUGUGCUGAGAGACUGAUGCAGUUACCAAACAGUCAAAUAGGAGAAAUGCUGAGACAGAAACGCAAGGGACAUUUGCAUGAAAGCUUAGAUUCAGGUUUUGGCCCUGGCAUGUCCCUAGCACCUUUCAGUGGGGUAAACUCCACAGACACCUACAGUGACCUCAAUCCUAACAGCAGCUUGGACCUGGACACUGAUAGGCCAGAGAAUAAGGGCCUAGAUGACCACAAUAGGCCCUCUAUGGACAAUCAAAUUUAUGAGGAUGAAAUGCCACCAGAACAGAAACAUAAUACUAGUUAUGAUGAACUGAGGAAAAAGAAUAGGGAAGAGUACCAGCAGAAGAGAAUUGGAAAUUACAGAGAGCCAUUUACACCAGGAUACUCAGGGGCUCCUCCUGGUGGUAGCUUUUCAGGGAGUCAAUCUGGGUUUUCUGAUGAUGUACCUGCCCAGCCUAAGAAUAAAUAUGGGGAUGCUUGGGGAUGAAUAUUGAAUCUUGAAUUGCUAGAAUUAAUAUUAGUUGGUGAUUAAAGCUUAUGUACUUGAGUAAAUACUACAAAUUAUACUGAAUUAUACACAGGC